AUUAUAAAUUGAUAUGCAAAACGCAAACUUAGAAUUAAUAUAUCUAUUUUUUUUACAAUUAUCGCUUACCAUAAGAUAUCAGAUUAUAUUCCUGGAAAGUAAAUACCGAUCCAGAGCAGACACGAUGAACAGCGAAUUAAGAAGGCAGGUACUAGGUUGUUUCAAGCAGCUUCACAGAACUCGACUCAAGGUAUUUGAGGGUGAUGCAAGAGCACUAAUUGCUGCACGCCAGAGAAUAAAUGAAGAAUUUGCAAAAAACAGAAAUAUUUCAGAUGCUGAAGAUGUGAAAAAGCUUGUUGACUUUGGACAUCAAGUUGAAGAAGUUCUUUAUAAAAACGUAGUUCAAGCUGUUCAGAAAGAAGAUGGAGUUUACACUGCCAAGAUUCGUGAAGAAACAACCAGACUGGAUAAUAAGCCUUAUACCGAAAUGCCUGAGAGUUUGAUUGGCCCAUUCAAGAAAAAAAGGACAAAAUGCAGUGACCAGGAAAAGUAAUAAAGAAAAAA